AUGAAAAUAUUGAAUAUCAAUAAAUUAUAAAAUGAAUAAUAAAAUAUAACACAAAAACAUUUAUAGGAGUUUGCACAUGAGAAUUCAAUAAUAUUAAUAGGUUAAAUUAAAUAAAAAUAUGAAGAUAGAAAAGGUUUGAAAUAAAUUAUUAUACAAUUUGAACCAAUUGUUAAGUAAAUUAAUUAUCAAUAUCAAAAGCAAAAUAUAUGCUGAAGUUUUAGGAUUUAAAAUGUAGUAAUUGAAAGAUAUCAUAGAUGAUCCAAACAUAAAUACAAGAGAAUAAGUAAUUACACUCAUCAUUCAUAUUGAAGAGGUUCUAUAAGAAAUAGAAAAGCACUAUUAAAUACCUUAUAAUAAAUAGUAUUUUGAGGAUGCUUGUAAUAAUCUCUUAUUAAUUCAUAAGUUUAUGAAAUAACAACCCCUGAAAUAGAUCAAGAUGUAGGACUUAAUAAUUCAGAUUGUUGGUGUAAAAAAUGCAGCAUCUCAUGA